AUGGCCAGUAAUAGUAUGGGUGCCACUGCCUGUGCCACGAGCACCGCCACCGCCAUCACCGGUAAUAGCGCCGGUAACCCGAGUCUCACAGCCGGUCCCAACUCGAUGGUCGGCAAUGACAUCGUCAGUGCAAGUCAUGUGCCAUCCCUUCAAAGUGUGUCGUCAGCCAAAUCGGGAUCAACUAAUGCUCCCGAGUGUUACGGAUGUCAUAAAGUCAUUAAAGAGCGAUACCUUCUCAAAGCACUCGACCAUCUCUGGCACGAAGACUGUCUCAAGUGUGUCUGUUGUGACUGUCGUCUCGGAGAAGUCGGAUCCACUCUCUUCACCAAAGCUGAUCUCAUUCUCUGUAAACGCGAUUAUCUCAGGAUGUUUGGUGCGACCGGUCUGUGCUCGGCCUGUAAUAAACAAAUACCAGCCUUUGAAAUGGUUAUGAGAGCGAGAGGAAACGUGUAUCACUUGGAAUGUUUCAAAUGCGAGGCCUGUUCUCAUAGGUUUUGUGUCGGCGACCGCUUCUACUUAUACGACAAUAAGAUUUUGUGUGAAUACGACUACGAAGAGCGGAUGGUUUUCGCAAAUCUCAAUCAAAUGACAUCUUUGGAUCACAUUAAGAGACAGACACAAGAGUUGGUCGAAGUGUGUGACGGAUCCAGCGGUUACGCCAGUGGGGACUCACCCUUUGAAACGAAUCGGUAGGAUAUUUAUGACAUAAAACACAACCAUUUAAUCAAAUAUCUAAUGACUAAAUGAGUGGAAAACGCACCAAGCAUUUUUUUGUAUAAUAUUUAAUAUAUAAAAAACAAUUUUUCAAAACCAUGUGUUAGUCAACUCGCAUAACAAAAUUCUCAAACAAUUUGAUUAAAAUACAUAUAAUUAAGAAAAGUCUCAUUUAAAGCGAGUCUAAUAUAUCAUUGACUGUAGGAAUAUAAGCACAGAAAUUAAUUACAUGAAUACAAAUUGAAAACAUUUUCCAAAUAUAAUUAUUUAAAGACUAAUGCAUUGAAAGACUUGGUUUUUAAUCAAGAAUUGUUGUAAUAAUUGCGAUCACAUAAAAUGAAAAUCCAUUUCAUUCAUUUAUUAUACUUUUCAAAGAUAUGAAACUUUUAUGGAAACUUGUAUCUCUAUAUUGAAUUCAUUUUGUGUUGACAUUCAUUGCAUAAUAUUUUAAUUAUAUUUAUAACAAUAUUCUUCUCUUCAAACGAUUGGCGAUCGAAAUGACAGACAAUUAAUAAUAAAUUAGUGAAUCGACACAAAAAAUGUAAAUUUGUGUCAUAUAUUGUCGGAUAGACAUUGAUAUAAGUUAGACAUAAAACACCUUCUCAUGCGUGUAGAGCUCCGGUCGAUAUAAUAAAGUAAUUGAAAAUUAAAAUACCAUUCAUUUAAUUAAUUUUUGCAUCAAAAGUAUCGCCAUUUCAUUAGAAAUUUAAACUCUAAUUAAUUGUCUAAUUGUUUACAUUUGAGUUUGAAAAGAAAUUUAUUUAUAUUGAAAUAUUCUCGUCUAUUUAUUAUUCACUGGAAAAACUUCAAUUAACUUUUUUAUGUAAUCAAUUUUUCAAUUUAUUAUUCAUUUUUCUCGUCUAUUUAAUAAAUGAAUGAAAUGAAUUACAAUUUGCUUAGUCUUUAAAUAAUGAAAUAGUAAUCUAAAUAAAACACAGUACUGUACUGUACAGACAGUUAAGGGACAGGCGUGUAAACAGUAAUAGGGGUUUAACUGUAUAAUAAUGAAAGAAAUAUUGUAUUAAAUUCAAGUCAUAAUAAAGUCAGACAUCAGUACACGAGACAAACAGAUGAUUAAACGCCGGGAAGAGAGUGUAUGUAAUAUAAGAGACGUUUUCUCAGGUAUUAGACUCUGUAAUAAAGCCAAUACUAAGUACUGUUAGAUAAUACAGCAAUUGGUGUGUAAUACAGAAGAUUGAGUGUAAUGUACGGCCAAACCAUACGGUUCUGCAAAUGAAUCUUAAACUACAUGAUAAUAGAGAGAAAAGUAUAUCAUAUAACGUAUUGUACAGCUCUUAGCACUUAUUGUAUUCUAGUUUUUGUUGAUUAUUAUUACACUUUAAGCGUGACUUUAAUAUAUUUAGACGAGAGAUCAAAGUGAGAAAACGGCAGAAAUAUUAAAAUCGUUUUGACGAGAGAUAUAUAUAUUUAAUAUAUUAUAUAUCUCUGAUAUAAAUAUAUUAUAAAUACAUAUAAAACGGGUGAACAGAGAGUGCAAUAACUUUCGGUAAUAUUAUUAAAUUCCUUGAAUAUUCCCAACAAAACUAAAUUAAAUUAUUGAUAAAAUGAAUAUUAAUAUAUUGUGAACGCAUUUUUAUCUAAAGAUAUUAUAUAAAAACACAC